CUCAUACCUCCUAACUUCUCCUUCCACGGUAGAUACCCUAUGCCCUGAAGGGAACCGGAUGAUAUUUAACGUCUGAAUACAUUAUCACUUUCCACCGUUUGACUUUCCAAAGCGCGGGCAAGAGUUUUCUGCGAAAAUCAAUUGCUACGAUUUUCAUCGAACGCUUGCUCAAAAUCGAGUUUGUCGACAGAAGUAGUGAGUUGAUCGAAACGUCGAAAAACGUCGCCAAACUCAAAUAUAUUACACCAAAUUGGUUGACGCGAAGUAGGGAUAGUUUUCACAAUCGGAGGGUGGAUUUUUCCGUCUAGCAACAAUGGCGGGAAAAAUGUUCCAAGCUUUGGUGAUCGUCUGCGCGACCAUCCUAAUGUGGACUACUUAUUCUAACGGUUCGUCAACCAUCAUUGUUGGUGGUGUCUUCGACAGAAUCCGUGACUUUGGCUUUGAGCGCGGUAUCAUCUCUCAUAACACCCAGAAGAACAAGACGAGUGCGUUCCAGUUCAUGGCUUAUGUGUACCCGGCUCUCCUUGAGGAUACCUUCAAUGUCACGAGAAGGCUCUGCACACUCUACGCCCAGAACACCCUCAUCACCGGAGGUCAUUCCAAACAGGUCUGCCUUCCGACCUUCCAGUCCUACGCCAACUAUUUCCUCAUCCCCUACGUGACGGUCAGCCAGUCCAAGUCGGACAUGGGACUGACCAUCGGUCCCAGUGACUACCUGGUGUCCAUGAUGCCGUCUCUGGUCCCACCCGUAGAGGACUGUGUCAAGUACUUCAAGUGGGACAAGUUUGCUUACGUCUACAGUUCAGCUGAAGGUUUACAGAGAUACCAGACACUUUCACUAAAGUUUCCUCCAAGGAAGUACGACAUCAUGGUUCGGCGGGUCGGAUCCGAAGUCGAGACCCGAAGGCUUCUGAAGAGCUUUCGGGAUUCGGGUCGUCAUCGUAUCAUCUUCGAUACGUCAGCCAACGACACAGUCCUCGUUCUUAAACAGGCAAAUGUGCUCGGCAUGAUUACGUCAUCAUUCCAUUAUAUCUUUCUCGACCUGGAUCUGGCUGACGUCAACAUGGAUAACUUUCUUUUCGGAGGAUUGAACGUAACAGGAUUCCAGCUCGUCAACAAGACCGACCCCUACUACAAGAACCUGGAGCUGAUGUGGUACAAACGACAGGCCUACCUCAGGCAAGGCAAUACCACCUUUGACCCCUCACAGGAUAACUCCGCUAUGGGCUACCCGAAGCUGAAGACGAUGUCGGCUUUGACGUACGACGUCACCCGUGUCUUCUGGGAAACGAUCAGCAUGCUGAAGAAGAACAAACGACUACCAAUCCUGACGGUCAGGGGAGCGAGGUCCUGCUCGAACCCGGGCUUCAAAAAGAUACCGCAGGACAAAGACGUGUUGGAGUAUAUCAAAAUGUUGUCGCUCAAGAGUGCGACAGGAAACAUUGAGUUUGACGAGAACGGAGAAAGAGCAAAUUACACACUCCGAGUUCUGGGACUUAAACCUUCAGGAUUGCAAGAGGUCGGAACCUGGCUUCCGAAUGCGAACCCUCGUCUUACUAUCAAAGGAGAAGAUAAACAAAACUUCUUACAGGACAUCAACAAGACUUUCAUCAUUACAUCUCUUUUCGAGCGACCGUUCAUGAUGCUGAAGAAUGAGAAGGAUCGAACCCCUGGAAACGGCAUGUACGAGGGGUACUGUAUGGACCUCCUGAAGGCUAUCAAUGACCACCAUCCAUUCAGGUUCAUCAUCCGAGUGAGAAACGACAGCGCGUACGGAUCGGCCAAUGAGAACGGGACUUGGGACGGCAUGGUCAGUGAGUUGAUUAAUAAGGAGGCCGACAUCGCCGUCGCCCCGUUGACCAUCAACUCCGAACGCGAGCGCGUCAUCGACUUCACCAAGCCCUACAUGAGUCUCGGGGUAAGCAUCAUGAUCAAGAAACCUCAGAACACCCGACCCAGUGUCUUCUCCUUCAUGCACCCUCUCUCGUACGAGAUAUGGCUGUCCAUCAUCUUCGCCUACCUUGGAGUCAGCGUGGUGCUGUUCCUGGUCAGUCGGUUCAGUCCGGAUGAAUGGUACACCGUAGAACAGGGAACUUUAUCUAGUGCGCCCUCUACGGAAGGUGAGAUUGAUCGUGUGGAACCGAGAGACAAAAAAGCGAACAACUUCGGGAUUCAGAACAGCCUCUGGUUCUCGAUGGGUGCCCUUAUGCAGCAGGGCUGUGAAGUGUCUCCAAGAUGUCUCUCAGGCCGAAUCGUCGGUGGGGUGUGGUGGUUCUUCACCCUCAUCAUCAUAUCAUCCUACACAGCUAACCUAGCUGCUUUCCUGACGGUCGAGAGAAUGUCCACCCCGAUCAACUCGGCCGAAGAUCUCGUCAAACGUAAAGACAUCUCGUACGGUAUUCAAGGAGGUGGGGCCACCGAGGUGUUCUUCUCCUCAUCGAAGAUCCCGCUUUACAUGACGAUGUGGAAGUCGAUGAGCUCAGCCCAGCCGUCGCCGAUCACCAAUUCGUCCGCGCAGGGCAUCGAGCGCGUCCGCCAUGCCAACGGCAAGUACGCCUUCCUGCUGGAGUCGACGAUGAACGAAUACUCGAACCAGCAGAAACCAUGUGAUACCAUGAAGGUGGGAUCGAAUCUCGACUCGAAGAGCUACGGCAUCGGGGUCGCCCGAGAUCUCACGUUGUUGAGAGAUGAAUUGACACUGGCUAUACUGCAACUUGGCGAAGAUGGCGUCCUUGAUAACCUGAAGAAGAAAUGGUGGUAUGACAAGGGAGAGUGUGAGCCUCAGUCGGAAUCUAUGGACCAAGCCAGUGCUCUGAGUCUCAGCAAUGUCGCCGGUAUAUUCUACAUAUUGGUGGUAGGAAUGGGCGUGGCGAUGGGCGUGGCUCUCACCGAGUUCUACUGGCGUACCCGGGCUCAAUCUAAUAAGGAGAAGAUCUCUUUAUCAAAUGCUCUAAAAGCCAAGAUUCGUAUGUCUGUGACGGGGGAGAAAGGAAUGCCAACUUAUCCAAUCAUGAGACAGGUCAACCCUAUGGCCUGCGAGAAGGCGUUAUUGUCGAAGGACCGAGAAUCACCAUCGGCUAUCCGAAGAGGGCAGACAUCAGUUUAAAAGAUCCAUCUGAAUAUAUUUGAAGGGAAAUGCACGCGGUCCACUUACACUCGACAAAGAUAUAGACUCGUCUUUACUUCAACAAUCUUCGAGACUUGCCGAGCAUGAAAUAUUUUGAUAGGAUUAGUGAUGUGGGAAAACUUUAUCAUAAAGUUCUUCGAAAAUCCCCGCAGAAGCCAUUCGCAAAGUAUUAAAAUGCAAAAUGUUUUGGUCUACAUUUAGAAUACCGGGGUCAAAAUGAAGGAGGUAAAAUAGUUUUAGAGGUACAGUACCUUUAAUAGUUUCCUCUUUCUUAUUCUAUGCUCAUGAUAAAAAAUCUAAGAUGCAUUGAAUAUCAAAUACAAACGGGUAGGCCUCUUCCGAUUUACAUGUGCGAGUGCAUUGACCGAGACAAAAUUCAUCAAUGUAAUAUUCAAAAUAAUGUGUAAUUCAUGAGAGUAUAUCAUGCACGUUAUGUACGCGGAUGAUUGCAUUGUGUCCUCUGUAUAUGAUUUCAAAUGGAACUGUUUGGAUACAGAAGGGCGUUAUCUCUGCGUCAAAGUAUAUGACUUUCUAACGUCUUUCUAGCCCGAAACU